CGCCGUUUGGACUUGAGUCACCGAAUUGUAAACCUUCUCUUCCACCUUCAAUUGGCAGUUGAGAAGCACAAUUCGAUCUUCAACUAUGGCAAGCUACCACAUCACGAACCCAAAUGUGGGCAACAAGGAGGAUACAGAAGACUGGCGCAUUCGAGGAUAUAACCCUCUGACUCCUCCCGACCUCCUUCAACACGAAAUCCCCCAGACGCCAAAGUCGAAACAAACCGUUCUGCAAGGUCGCAAUGAAGCUGUCCAAGUCGUGACAGGCACAGAUGAAAAGCAACGUCUGUUAGUUGUCAUCGGUCCCUGCUCAAUCCACGAUCCUCCCGCUGCUCUAGAAUACUGCGACAAGCUGGUUGUGCUGAAGAAGAAAUACCAAGAUGACCUCCUGAUCGUCAUGCGCUCCUACCUGGAGAAGCCCCGCACAACCGUUGGCUGGAAAGGGCUGAUCAACGACCCUGACAUCGACAACAGUUUCAAGAUUAACAAGGGUUUGAGGACGAGUAGACAAUUGUUCGUGGAUUUGACCGAGAAGGGAAUGCCGCUUGCAAGUGAGAUGCUGGACACGAUUUCGCCACAGUUCUUGGCCGAUUUACUGAGUGUUGGUGCAAUUGGUGCCAGGACUACAGAAUCACAGUUACACAGAGAAUUGGCUAGUGGUCUGAGUUUCCCAGUGGGCUUCAAGAAUGGUACGGAUGGUACGCUUGGAGUGGCGAUUGAUGCCAUUGGCGCUGUGAAACACCCGCAUCACUUCUUGUCAGUCACAAAACCGGGCGUGGUAGCUAUUGUUGGAACUGCGGGCAACGAGGACUGCUUCGUUAUUCUGAGAGGUGGUACCAAGGGAACCAACUAUGAUGUUGAGAGCAUUAAAGAGGCGAAAGCUGCGUUGAAGAAGGCUGGGGUUCGGGAGAGACUGAUGGUCGACUGCAGUCACGGAAACUCAUUGAAGAACCACAAGAAUCAACCCAAGGUUGCUGCUGUGUUGGCAGAGCAGAUUUCGAAAGGAGAGGAGGCAAUCAUGGGUGUAAUGAUCGAGAGUAAUAUCAAUGAAGGCAACCAGAAAGUACCGAAGGAGGGUAAGUCCGGACUGAAAUACGGCGUCAGUAUCACUGAUGCAUGCAUCGGCUGGGAAGAUACCGAAGCAGUCCUCGAGAUGCUCGCAAAAGCUGUCACUCAAAGACGAGAGAUCUUGAAGAGUCCCAAUGGACAUUCUUGAAGCUGUUUAGAUAUCUUGUUGGCGUUCAGGAAAACGUUCUCGAAUACCAUUUCACUAGAACUGGGCAACAAAAGCUCUCAUUUGAGGAGGAAAAAAACUUUACGAAUUGUACAUAUUUGACUCUCUAGAUCCGUAAUUGAAAUGAAAUCCAUAAAUACCUAC